GACCCCGGAAGCGGUCGUGCCGCGGGUGACACGUCGCAGGGUCUGCGGCGGCGGGAGCGGAGCCGGGCCCGGCGCUGCCGAUCCUCUGCGAUGUCCGGGUUCGACAGCUUCAACACCGAGUUCUUCCAGACGAGUUACAGCAUCGAUGAGCAGAACCAGCCCUACGGGUACGGCGGGAGGCCCUGCGGCGAGCAGUAUGGAGGCUACGAAUACUCUCAGCAAAGUGGAUUUGUCCCUCCCGACAUGAUGCAGCAGCAGCAGCCUUACACAGGGCAGAUCUACCAGCCAACGCAGACAUACAGCUCGACUUCAGCACAGUCUUUUUAUGGAAGUAAUUUUGAGGAUGAGCCUCCUCUAUUAGAAGAAUUGGGGAUCAAUUUUGACCACAUCUGGCAGAAGACAUUAACAGUGCUGCACCCACUGAAAGUAGCAGAUGGCAGCAUCAUGAAUGAGACUGAUUUGGCUGGACCAGUGGUCUUCUGUCUAGCGUUUGGAGCCACGUUACUACUGGCUGGUAAAAUUCAGUUUGGCUACGUGUAUGGCAUCAGUGUAAUCGGAUGUGUAGGGAUGUUUUGUCUCCUGAACUUAAUGAGCAUGACGGGUGUCUCGUUUGGCUGCGUCGCCAGCGUCCUCGGAUACUGUCUUCUUCCCAUGAUCCUACUUUCUAGUUGUGCAAUUGUGUUUUCCUUGCAGGGAAUGCUGGGGAUUAUUUUCACGGCUGCAAUCAUUGGCUGGUGCAGCUUUUCUGCUUCCAAAAUCUUUAUCUCUGCCUUAGCAAUGGAAGGACAACAGCUCCUAGUAGCAUACCCCUGCGCGCUGUUGUACGGCGUCUUUGCUCUCAUUUCCGUGUUUUGAACAGACUGUCUAAAUGCUGGACUCCCGUGGGCCAAAAUGGAAACAUCAACUUGGAACAUGCACUUGGACCAGAAGCAGCUGCAAACAACUGUGUGGUGUUGCUGUCACGACACUUAGACCUGGUUUGAAUCAUCUGGAACAAUGAAAACAAAUGUCUCGUGUUCACUUUUUUAGGACUUUGAAUACUGUUUUCAAUUGACCUGAGGUGUCUAUAGCUUUAAUAAGUGUCCAUGCUUCUCAAGUUAAUGUAAUUUCUUUCCCAUUCCUGUAUCUUUAGACAAGUAACUUUUGGUUGUUUAUUUGAGGGCUGUGGGGCUCAUUUGAGGGGGGUUUGUUUGUUUUGUUUUGAUUUGUUUUCUAGGGGACCGAGGGAGGGAGAAGGAUCACAGUUAUAGAUUUUCAUCCGAAAGAGUUUCCAGAACUGCAGGUGCUGUAGAUCUGGGAUAUCUGAAUAAAUCUGCAGUAAUAAAGAACCAGUUUCCUGUCCCCUCUUACCAAAAGCAAAAUGCACAAAUGAACAGAAGCAAUUAGACUAUUUUCUAUAUUUUAACAAAUACACUCUUAAGCUCAUUAGUCUUAUUUAUUUGUUCGUUUGAUGUGGUAGUAUUUCAGGAUUUAAAAUACUUAAAUUAUGAAUUAGAAAACAUGCUUAAAAGUUAAAGGGAUCUGUAAUUCUGUCACACUUGAAAUAUGAAUACAUUUGGAUGUCUUGAGUAGCUAUAUGUUACCUUGGAUUUCUGAAGAUGACUUCAACUAGAGUUUCUUCUCCUGAUGGUGCACAUACUAGUAGAUGAAGAGUAAUCUCUUUUGCAGUACUUCCAAGAAAAACACCAUUUUGAAAAUGUUAUGCUUGUCAGUAUUGUAGUUACUGUAAAAUAAUUUAAGGCAUAUUGAUUAAAUUUUCCUUGGAUUUUGAAAAA